AAAUUUACUCCAGAGACUGUUUAUCUUCGCUUCGAAGAAAAAUAAUUGUUUAAUUUUGUUACUGUAUGAACAUUUUUAUCGAGUACAUUGAAUUGAUUCCAUUUCCUUAUCUCGUCCAGAAUUAUGGAAAUUCAAGAUACCUAUUAUGAUAAAAGCGAAUAUGUGGAAACAGCUUCAGGUAAUAAAGUAUGUCGAAGAACCAUUUUAUGUGGAUCGCAGAACAUAGUUUUACAAGGCAAAGUUAUUAUUCAAUCGGAAGCUAUCAUAAGAGGAGACCUUGCUAAUGUUAAAACUGGAAGAUAUUGUAUCAUAAGUAGAGAGGCUGUUAUAAGACCACCAUAUAAGAAAUUCAGUAAAGGUGUGGCAUUCUUUCCUUUAAGCAUGGGGGAUCAUGUUUUCAUAGGAGAAAAGUCUGUCGUUUGUGCAGCUGUGAUUGGAAAUUUUGUUUACAUAGGGAAGAACUGUGUCAUUGGAAGAAGGUGUGAACUCAAAGAUGGGUGUGUUAUAGAAGAUAAUACAGUUUUGGCCCCAGAGACAGUAGUACCGCCAUUCACAAGGUAUGGUGGGUCCCCAGGUGUUCAAGUUGGUACUCUACCAGAAGUCCAGCCAGAUAUUAUGGUGGACUAUACUAGGAGUUAUUAUCAACACUUUCUCACUAGUCGAAUUCCGGUUUGAAAUAACAUAGGUAUUGUUAAUUCGCUACUAUUGAAUGAACCCUUUGACUCUGGAGAAUCAAGGAGAAUUGGGGAAACCUGUUUACAUUGAAAAUAUCUAGAGUAUUCCUUAUUUAAUACUGAAAUUAUUUUUAUUUUUACUUAUAUUUAAUACCUAUUAUGUGGGAGAAAAAUCAUUAAAUUUUUAUUAUGA